GUGGAGGGCCAGUGACGCCAUCACCGGCGGCCCAAGAUGUCGAGCAUCCUCAGCACGACUCUCAGCGGCCUCAACAGCGACUCGCACUGCAAGAUCAGCUGCUACCGGGACCAGCGGUUCAAGGGAAGCUGCUACCUGCAGGAGAAGGCCCUGAAGGCCUCCACCACACUCUACGUAGGCAACCUCUCCUUCUACACCACGGAGGAGCAAAUCCACGAGCUCUUCUCCAAGUGCGGGGACGUCAAGCGCAUCGUCAUGGGUCUGGACAAGCUCAAGAAGACACCCUGUGGCUUCUGCUUUGUGGAAUACUACACAAGAGCCGAAGCGGAGCAUGCCAUGCGCUACAUCGAUGGGACCCGGCUGGAUGACCGUAUCAUCCGGACAGACUGGGACGCUGGCUUCAAGGAGGGUCGCCAGUUCGGCCGCGGCAAAACAGGGGGCCAGGUCAGAGACGAAUACCGAAGGGACUACGACGUGGGGAGAGGUGGCUUUGGGAAGAUCAUUCAAAUGGAAAAGGCGAACCAACAGACCGCCAUCUAUUGACAGUUUCAGGGAUCAUCGAAGGGGAUGGGAGUCAGGAAGAAGGCAGGAUUCAGAGGAAGAAGAUGGUUUUCUGGAAAAUGCCACCUGCAUUUCUGGCAUCUCAGGGCCCUUUCAUGCUGGAUAAUGUGUCGUUGCGGACCCGUUUUGCUCGUGUUGAAAUCCCAAGAGGACAAGUGUUGCUGGUAAUUGAUUUACGAGGAGGCUGGGGAGGGUAUUUGCUGCCCUUUUGCGGUAGCUGCCAUUCCCGCCAUCUACUGGAUUAUACUGGUUUUGUUUUUCUAACAGCAAGAGAAUCCCAAUAAAUGACAUUUUACAAUA